AUGGCGCCUCCGCGAUACCGCAGCCUGCUCGAGCUCGUUCAAAGACAAUGGACCUGUCCUUCAUGCGCCCGCUCGCCACCUAGAACCCUCCUCCACCAACCUGGCAGACGCCUCAUCCAAACCACAACCAAAUCCUCCCAAUCAGCAGCAGCCGCCCAGCAAGAGAUCCUCCGCCGACCCUUCAAGGCCAAGAACGCAAACACCCUCUACUACACCGCAUCAAUAAUUCUAGGAACAGUAGCGAUAUCCUACGGCUCCGUCCCACUCUACAAGACAAUAUGUCAGCAGACAGGCUGGGGUGGCCAACCCAUAAAGUCUGCCGCCCAUGGAGGAGAUCUGGAUAAUAGUCCCGAAGCCAUAGCCGAGAAACUCACACCCAUUACCACUUCGCGAAGACUUCGCAUCACAUUUGCGGGAAGUACAUCGGAUAUCCUACCCUGGAAGUUCACGCCCCAGCAGCGUGAAGUCCGCGUCUUACCAGGCGAGACAGCGCUAGCAUUCUACACAGCUACGAACCAGAGUCCGGACGAGGAUAUCAUAGGCGUUGCGACAUACAGCGUAACGCCUGCGCAAGUUGCGCCGUAUUUCAGCAAGAUCCAGUGUUUUUGUUUCGAGGAGCAGCGGCUGAAUAAAGGCGAGACCGUGGAUAUGCCGGUGUUCUUUUACAUUGAUCCAGAGUUCUUGCGGGAUCCUACUAUGAAGGGGAUUGAUACGAUUACUUUGAAUUACACAUUCUUCAAAGCCAAGUAUGAUAAGGAUGGGCAUUUGUCACCUGUGCCUGCACCGUACUGA